CACCUAACUUUUUAUUGCAUAUUCUUGUAGCUUAUCUCGAUACCUUUCCAAAACAUUACAAGAAAGUUUAUUUUCGUUGAGUACUUUCCGAGUUGUGAGGCUUGAAAGCUACAGUGUACUAUUAAUAGUGUUUAUUAAGAGUUCAAAAUUUUAAUUUCUAUUCUUAAUAUCUAAUAUUUCUUUAUAUUGCGCGCAAGAUCUUAAUUUGCAUGAUUUGCAAAAGACAAACUCAGAUUUAUUUCGUAUUUUUUUUAUACAUGAAACAAAUUUCUUGCAAUAUGCAUUCCAAAUCGUCUAUUCGGACACACACACACACACACACACACACACACACAUGUAUUAGUGACACUUACUGAUAGAUUUGGUAAUCAUAACUGUGAUAAAUUACAGAAUUAAGCUGUCAAUGCGGCACACAUAAUGUCCCGAUCAAUUUUAAUUUUAAUUAACUAUGUUAUCAUGCAUCAUGCAAAGAUGAAAUUGCUGCCGUGUCACUUUAUGAGGUAACUUACAAUUAGCGAUGCAGAUUUAUGUUGAUUGAAUACUGACUGUGCAUAUUAUAUUAUAGAAAAAAUUGCAAUAGAAAAAAUACUGUUGGUAAAACUAACCUUGGAAUUUAAAUGAAUGUUACUUUUACAUAAUAUAUGAACGUAAAAAGUAAGGUAAAACUGUUAAUUGGAACUGCAACAGUGAGCAUAUGAAUGCUCCCUGCGAAGAUAUAAAAGAUCUCAAUCAUUCUAUGAAUUAUCUAUCGUGUUCUGCAUCUCCUGUAUAUCGAUUUAAACAUGUUUUCAAUCAUAUACGAUUUGUGGUUAACGAUGAGAAAUAUUAUAGUUCAAUACAUUGAAUUUGAUUUUACAAUGUGGUUGACAUGGCUCUUAAUUCCACUCCUUAUAACAUUUUUACUCCCGUUUCUAUUUUUACUGUACAUGUAUUCAAUGAGCUUGGUGGUAUACAUCUACAAAUGGCACAGGAUUAUAUUAAGAAAUAAUGUCUAUGAUACUCCAUGGCAAGAGACUGCAGUUCGUAUUGUCCUUAUGCUUUAUGAUGUACAUGGUUGGAUUUGGCACGGAUACAAAAUUGUGGGCUUAGAGAAUAUUCCAGAGGACAAACCAGUAAUGUUCGUAUAUUAUCAUGGAGCUCUCCCAGUUGAUCUAUAUUAUUUUACAUCCAAAAUGUUUCUCAAUAAUUCAAAACUAAUCCGUAUAAUAGCAGAUCGGUUUGUCUUCAAGAUUCCUGGUUUUUUUAUUAUAUUGAAUACAUUAAAAAUAAUACCUGGGACAGUUCAAUCGUGUUCUGCAAUUUUAAAACAGGGAAAUUCGAUUGUUAUUAGUCCGGGUGGCGUGUAUGAAGCUCAGUUUGGGGAUUCCAAUUACGAACUUUUGUGGCAGAAAAGAAUGGGCUUUGCAAAGGUUGCUCUGGAUGCAAAAGUGAGUAUAGUUCCUUUUUUUACGAGAAACAUUAGAGAAUCGUAUAGAUCGCUAAGAUGGGGACAAAGAAUAUUGCUGAAGAUAUAUGCCAAAACAAAGCUUCCUAUCGUACCAAUCUACGGUGGCUUUCCGGUAAAAUUGGUGACGUAUGUAGGCAAGCCUAUUCCAUACGACAAAACUCUUACACCAGAAGAGUUACAAAUAAAGGUUGCCGAUAGUAUUAGAGAUUUGAUAAGAAAACACCAAACAGUACCUGGUAGCAUUACACGGGCUUUGAUGGAAAGAAUACAUAGUACAGAGAAACGUAAGGAUUAGAAAUUUGCGAUAAUUUGUUUUUGAAUACUGCACUUAAUGAUUAAUAAGACACGAUUCUUUUAAAAGUUAUUUUAGUAAAUACUUUUUACAUGAUAAUGUUGACAAAAAAGAAUAUAUAGAUAAAAAAUUAUAAAUUAAGCUGAUCUAUUAGUUAAAAAUUUUUUUUACAUAA